GGGCGAAUCCCAUGAUCCCAAAAUAAUCCCAUCCCCCUCGUUUCACCGUGUCCAUUCAUCGCCACGGAUCAGCUCCCAGACUUCUCGCCGCGUUUGCCUGUUUGUCCGUCAGCUUUUUUUCUCCCCACUGCGGCUGGGGCCUCGAACGAUUCGACGGGACCGCCUCGGGCCAAGUCGUGGGCCCGGUUGCCAGAACGGUGGAUCCCUGGCGACUCCUCAGCAAAAAGCCAAAAUGUGGCGUGACAUUUCGCUGAGUUGCUCCGGUUUAUGCCCGCACGCUCUCUGGUUCCCACUGCCAGAUGUCCCAAUUGCGCUUUUUCCCGUCAACGCCCUCGACUUUUUUCCCAUUGGCCGCAGCCCAGACGAGACCCCAGAGGCAGGAAAAGGGGAUGCGGAUUGUCGACAUCCGCUAUCACAGGACGCUGAAGUCCCACGCACGGCGAGCAGAUCUACGCUGCCUAGAGCAUGUACCUACUCAUGUACAUGCUUACCUGCUAUGCUCUACUCGGCGCUCGCAUGCCUUUCCCGGGCGGCGAAGCGCCGUUGGCUCGUGGGUCGUUGAGGGAUCAUUCGAAUAUCGCCCAAGGCGGAAGAUAUCAAAAAUACAUGCCAAAGCACCCAUCAAAGUACCAAAGUACCCAUCAAAGUACCAAAGUACCCACCCAUCCAACCCAGCAAGUUGCAACUGCCCAGUCAGUCACCAGUGCCAACCGGUCCGCCCCACUGGGGCGAUCGCGGAAAAUGAUGGCUUUUGAUCGUGUAUGGGGAAGAGACCAAGUCCCUGCAGUUGCAGAUUUGAGGGAAUUUGACACGAUGCAUCCUUCGCUAUCCCACGCCCGCCCCGUUCAUUCAACGACCUGAGCGAAGCCCCAUCGAUCAGGACUAGGCGAAGGGCCAGGCUGCGGCUUGUCAACGGUUAACCCUCCCUCCCUCCCUCCUCCCUCUCUGCUGCGGCUGCCGCUCUGAUCCACCACCCCCUCCACCACCACCACUAACCACCUCCACCUCCACCUCCACCUCCUCCUCCCACCCCCGUCUCCUUGCGGCCAAGUCUGCUACCUGCUAUAAGAACUGAGGGGGGGCGCUUUACCCGCAGUC